GAAAGGUCCAUUCCCCUCAAAAAUAAAACCCAAUACACCCAAACCCAACCUUAUCUCCACUCUCUCUUCGCGCACCCCCUCCAAUGGCGACCAUGAACUCCUCCUCUCUCUCCUCCCUCAAAGCCCUAAUGACCUCCUCGCCGAACCAUAGAAUCGCCCCACGCGGCGCCCACGUCCCCGCGCUCCGCCCCAAUCCCCUUCUUCCCCCCUUUUCCUCCCGCCUCCGGCCGGCCUUCCUGCCGGGUGUGCCCCGGGCCAUGGCAGUGGACGGGGAGUACUCGUCCAGGAGGAGCAGCAGCAGCGAGCCGAGGGAGACGAUCCUGCUGCCCGGAUGCGACUACAACCACUGGCUCAUCGUCAUGGAGUUCCCCAAGGACCCUGCCCCCACCCGGGAGCAGAUGAUCGAGACCUACCUCAACACCCUUGCCACGGUUCUCGGAAGCAUGGAGGAAGCGAAAAAGAACAUGUAUGCUUUUAGCACUACUACUUAUACUGGCUUUCAAUGCACUGUAUCUGAAGAGACUGCAGAGAAAUUCAAGGAUCGAUUUCCAUCUUGUGUAGGAUUGCCUGGUGUUCUCUGGGUACUACCAGAUUCCUAUAUUGAUGUGAAAAACAAGGACUAUGGAGGUGAUAAAUAUAUAAACGGGGAGAUAAUUCCAUGUACAUACCCAACCUACCAACCAAAACAGCGAAGUGGUUCAAAAUACCAGAGCAGAAGGUACGAGAGACGGAGGGACGGUCCUCCAUCUGAACGCAGAAGACCAACACAAGAAGCUCCUCGGCCUGAGGCAGCAUCAUAAUGAGGUAGGUCAUUUAAUGUAUGCACCAAUGACAGGAUGGUAUAUCAUGAAAUCCUGCUAUCUGUCCCUACCUUAUCUGAAUUCUACUUUGAGAAAUAUCUUUCUGAUGAUAGAAGCAGAAUUUGCUGAUGUUGGAUGAGUUAGUCAUGUACUAAUUCCACUGAACCAAGUCCACUGUUAUGUCAUGUACUAAUUGCAGAACUGAGGAUAUGUCGGUUAACCACGUACUGUCAUAUAUGCUACUCUAAAUUGUAUCAAUUAUUUACAUUGGUAAAUUGAGAGGAAUCUGGAAAUAUGGUGGUGAUUAAAA